UGAGCGCACCCGACUGUCAACACUCACAGGCUAUAAUACACACAACCCCCUCACACACACACAAACACGUCUGCGUCAUGCGUCCUGAGAGCGACGGCACGAACCCGGUAACUCCGAUGGACCCCGGUAAAACGCACAGCAGCAGCAGCAGUCUGAGAGGCUGACUGUGUCCGCUUAUCUGUCCAGCUGCGUAUCCCCCACUCAUCUGGGAAAGUUGUGUUCUCAGUGUGGACGAAUUAUGGAUUUCAUCACAACAAGCGGCAAUGACAGCAAUGCAAGCGGUUACCCUGAUGGGGUAAACGUGGUCGCCGACUGGAACGACGGGGGUGCGAAUGGUACGUCUGGGUCUCUGCCAGAUCUGGAACUAAGUUACCAGAUCAUCACCUCUCUGCUCCUGGGGGCCCUCAUCCUCUGCUCCAUAUUUGGCAACUCGUGCGUCGUAGCGGCCAUCGCCCUGGAGAGAUCUCUCCAGAAUGUGGCUAACUAUCUGAUCGGAUCUCUGGCGGUGACAGACCUCAUGGUAUCGGUGCUGGUUCUGCCCAUGGCGGCCCUCUACCAAGUACUAAACAAGUGGACACUGGGGCAGGAGAUCUGCGAUUUAUUCAUCUCUCUGGAUGUACUGUGUUGCACAUCAUCCAUUCUGCACCUGUGCGCAAUUGCCUUGGACAGGUACUGGGCCAUAACAGACCCCAUAGACUAUGUAAAUAAACGGACGCCAAGGCGAGCCGCGCUCUUGAUCAGUGUGACUUGGCUUAUUGGUUUCUCAAUUUCCAUCCCGCCUAUGUUAGGAUGGAGAAGCGCUGAAGACAGGGCGAACCCUGACGCCUGCAUCAUCAGCCAGGAUCCGGGCUACACUAUCUACUCCACAUUUGGGGCUUUUUAUAUCCCUCUUAUCCUCAUGUUGGUUUUGUACGGGCGAAUAUUCAAGGCUGCUCGGUUUCGUAUUCGUAAAACUGUUAAGAAAACCGAGAAAGCAAAAGUGUCAGAAAAGUGUUUGACUGUGUCUCCGGCGAUUUUCCACAAAAAAACCAACGGGGAGGCCGGAGGCAAAGGCUGGAAGCGCAGCGACGAGUCAAAAACCAGCUCUCCGUGCGUAAACGGCGCAGUGAAGCAUGGAGAAGAAGGCGAGUCACUGGAGAUCAUAGAAGUUAUCAGCAACUCAAAAACCCACCUGCCUCUUCCUAAUACCCCUCAGUCCUCCUCACAUGGCUAUGAAAACAUGAAUGACAAAAACUCGGGGGCGAAGAGAAAGAUCGCGCUGGCUAGGGAGCGCAAAACGGUGAAAACACUAGGCAUCAUCAUGGGAACUUUCAUCUUUUGUUGGCUGCCCUUUUUCAUCGUCGCCCUGGUGCUGCCUUUCUGUGCAGAGAACUGCUACAUGCCCGACUGGCUGGGCGCAGUUAUUAACUGGCUGGGCUACUCCAAUUCUCUCCUCAACCCUAUCAUAUAUGCCUACUUCAACAAAGACUUCCAAAGUGCUUUUAAGAAGAUUCUAAAAUGCAAAUUCCACAGACCGUAACCACAAUUGUGCACCUAAAUUUGAAGUCAUUAAAACGGACAGCAGGAAAUGUCCACUGACAUGUAUAGAACAGCAAAAAAUACCACAGACUUGAAUUCAGGGACAGUGUCUUUAUGGUGUGUGUUUGAGGAGAGUGUAAAAAUACCUGGGGUCAGUGGCCCCUGAUGAAAUGAGACUGGACAGAACUUUUCGCUCUAAAUGUACAAGCUCAUGUUUAUUCAGUGUUGUAGCUACAAUAUAUAGCCAAUAUGCCAUGGCAGCCAUCGUUGUAUUGCCAUGCAAGACGUGUCAUGUGCUGAUUCCAUGCAUUUUAUCAUCUGGCACACGGGGUUUCCGUCAGUUACGUCAUGAGCUUUGUAGCACUGAAACAAUAAAAGCAAUCAAAGUUUGU